AUGAUCCCAUUGCAGGUCGACGUGACGGACAAGGAUGAGCUCGCCGCUGCGACCGCCCAAAUCGUAGCCGAUGCGGGUUUUGUCCACCUCCUUGUCGUCAACGCCGGAAUUCCAAGGCCUGAUCUGCUCGGCUUGGAUGCUGCAAACUCAUCGCCGGGACAGCUGCAGGACUAUGUGCUACGCGCGUGGUCGAAUCAAGAUUUCUUACGGCCUUUUGCCACAAACGUCACAGGGUCUUAUUUUACCUGCGCCGCUUUCCUCGGCCUUUUGGAUAAAGGAAACAGCAACGAGAACCGCUUACCAGGUGUUACAAGCCAGGUUAUUGUCAACUCGAGCAUAUCGGCAUAUCAGAAAAAAUAUGCCGGGAACCGGAGAUAUUGUUUACGCAACCAGCAAGGCAGCGGUGAACCAAAUGUUCAACCUUUUAAGCACGUGUUUUGUGCGUUAUCAAAUCCGGCUGAAAUGACUGCACCUUUAUUUGCCGAUGACAAAAGUGGACUCGGCACCGGCCGUUUACCGGCGAAACGUUACGGCGAUGAGGCUGACCUCGCCAGAGCAGUCUUGUAUCUGGCUUCGCGAGCAGGGGCAUACGUGAACGGUUUAUCGCUGGUGGUUGAUGGACGCCUCGUGAGAAUUUUACUCUCCACUUACUAA